UCCGGGUCCCUCUCACACUAAAUGCAAGGAGAGGUUUUUCACUCGCUUCCCAUUGGUUGCCGGCUGGCGGCUCUCUUAUCACAGUAACAUUCUCAUUCAUACACCCUGCGCUCCAUACGCCUUCUCAAAAUAACUUACUGUGAUCCAUGGUAACGACUUUGAGUAGACGGGUCAAAUAAUUUCAAUUGGGGAAUAAUUAAACUGAAAGAAUAGAGGACUGACAGCAUAACGACAGGGCCCGUUGAACACUGUUGAACAUAUCUAGGCCCUCUCGGUUCUAUGAACAUGUUUCAGACCGUGCCUGACACUUCGUCUUACGUCAAGGUAAGACAACAUCGUCUCUUCGAGCAGGAGGCACUGUCAGUGGUAAGUGAAGACCAGUCCCUGUUCGAGCCUCCUUACGCUGCUGCUGCCCCUCUACCCAAGACAGACAUGACUGCAUCUGGCACACAGGACUACGUCCAGUCCCACAAAAUUAACCCGUUACCCCCUCAGCAAGAGUGGAUUAACCAGCCAGUCCGAGUCAACGUCAAGAGAGAGUAUGACCACAUCAAUGUAUCCAGUAGGGAGUCCCCAGUGGACUGCAGUGUGGGGGGUAAAUGCAAUAAGCUGGUGGGGGGCAAUGACACAUCUCAGAUGAGUUACGGAAGCUACAUGGACGAGAAGAACGUUCCGCCCCCCAACAUGACUACCAAUGAGAGGAGAGUCAUCGUCCCCGCAGAUCCAUCGCUGUGGUCUCAGGAUCAUGUCCGCCAGUGGCUAGAGUGGGCCAUCAAGGAGUACGGCCUACUGGAGAUGGACACGGCCAUGUUCCAGAACACAGAGGGCAAGGAGCUGUGUAAGAUGAGCAAGGACGACUUCCUCCGACUCACCACAAUGUACAACGCUGAAGUCCUGCUCUCUCAUCUCAAUUACCUCAGGGAAAGUAGCUCGUCAUUAUCCUACAACACUCCAUCUCACAUGGAUCAGUCUCCACGCCCGGCUGCCAAAGAAGACCCCUCAUAUGAUGCUGUACGGCGGACUGGAUGGUCGAACAACAUGCACAGUGGAAAAGGCUCGCCGUUGGUCACACAGAACGUGUCCAAGUCCACUGAACAGCCCAGACCCCAGCCAGAUCCUUACCAGAUCCUGGGGCCCACCAGCAGUCGACUGGCCAACCCAGGUUCAGGACAGAUCCAGCUGUGGCAGUUCCUGCUGGAGCUCCUGUCAGACAGCGCCAAUGCUGGCUGCAUCACCUGGGAGGGCACCAACGGAGAGUUCAAGAUGACCGACCCGGACGAGGUGGCGCGGCGUUGGGGCGAGAGGAAGAGCAAGCCCAACAUGAACUACGACAAGCUGAGCCGCGCCCUGCGCUACUACUAUGACAAGAACAUUAUGACCAAGGUGCACGGCAAGCGUUACGCCUACAAGUUUGACUUCCACGGCAUCGCCCAGGCCCUGCAGCCCCACCCCACCGAGUCCUCCAUGUACAAGUACCCCUCGGACCUGGCAUACGUGCCCUCCUACCAUGCCCACCAGCAGAAGGUCAACUUCGUGUCCCCACACCCUCCCUCCAUGCCCGUCACCUCUUCUAACUUCUUUGGCCCCACCGCUCCGUACUGGAGCUCCCCUACAGGGGGCAUCUACCCCAACCACAGCGUCCCCCGCCACCCCAACUCCCACGUGCCCUCCCACCUGGGCAGUUACUACUAAACCCCACUGCACCGUGAUGUCUUCCCCCAACCUCCCCUCCUCUCCCCCCAACCAAACCCACCAGCGCUGACCUGCACUCUCACAAUGAAAUCAAAUCAACUAAGACAGAGAGAAAGGGGGAUUCUCCGCCUCCACCCAAAGUCUGCUCUUAACUGGCAAAAUGAAGGAAGCUAACUGAAGGAAUGUUUGAAGGAUUAAAAAAACUGGAUGCUAUGAUCCAAAUGGAGUACUACUUAUUUACAAGACAAGAGACUGUUUCCAUGUUUGUUUUGUUUAAUGUUUUUGAUGUGCGUAAAAGUGCGUCUGUGUUUUUUCUGCAAUUCUGUCCCCUGAAAGCUGCAUCCAUGGGCCAGUUCAGAGUGCCCCCAAAAUCUGGACACAGUUACCCACACAGACGCAGCCUUAUCGAGAGACCAUAGAGGCUCUCAUACCUACUGUGUGCCUGAUCACGGACAUGGACCCAUUCUCUAUGGGUCUCAAUCUACAUUUUCCUCAUACAGUGAAGCUGCCUUGUUCCUCGUUCCAGUCCUGUCUGGGGUCUCAGAUCCACAUCAUGUCCGUCUGUCUGAUGUUCUGUUAUCAGUUUGUCAGUCCUUCUGCAUCCCUUUAUGUGUGUGGAGCGUCAUCUGGAACUGUGGAGGUAGGGGUCCAAAGAAAAUGACUUCUCAGCACUGAAUUAAAAUUAAAUGUUGGCAACUGGAAUAUGCCAUUGAUUCACACUUAACUUAUCCUCCAAACUGGAAGUAAACGAGUUGGAGACCGGUUGGCUGUUGUUACAGUAACUAUGCUGUUUGUCCUCUUCAGCCGUUGGUUCAUUCCAUUCCCGGAUGUUUUGUUGGACCAAGUCAUUAUUAAUGUGAAUGCCCUCUGAUCCAUGGAACACAUCCUCAAUUUGACAAUCACAGUUGUUUCUAGAAGAGCUACGUGUCUCAAGUGCCAGUCAAGUGUCGACACAGAGUGACUUACCAUAGCACUAUGUCAUGUCAUGUCAACCCUCACCUAACUGUCUAUGUGCAUUCAUACAGCACUGCCAUUUCAAAACAUGUGCAUUUUCAGAUGUUUAAAGUUUGUUGUAUGAAAGAAACAAGUGUAUUUAAACAGCUGAAUCUGGACUUUUGUCUCAGUACUUCUUGAAAAUAAAUGGUUUACUAAAUAAAGAACAAAACCAGUAAAGUAAGAAAGGAUGAAAACAGAGAAAUCCUCAGAUUCGCGAACGCUGUGCGUUCGUCAGACCUAUUUUCUAUUAUUUUGUAAACAUCGGUCAACUAGGCAUUAAAGCAACUUACUGUAUAAAUUAUGCAGAGUUAUUUUCAUAUGUGACACAGUUUUAAAAAGUCAAGAGAAUUAAUACGAGUUGACCUCGGUCAAAAAUGCAAACAUUUUUAAGUCCGUUACUGAUAUGUAGUAUGUUUAAAAAAAAAAUAGCUUUUUAUAUCUGUACAUUUGGGCAGUAAAUUUUUACGUGUUUUUUUUAUAAUCAUUUUUUAUUCAAUUUGUAAUGUCCUCAGUGCCUUGCAGUGAACACAAGAUUUGUUCUAGUUAUUACCAAAAACCACAAAUGCCUGCUUGAAUCAAUCCUAUACUUAUAGUCAAUCUGUUAUUCUGUAUAUACCAUGGUUAUGGUUGCUUUUAAUUCUAAAAUAGGCCAACAACACUAUCCAUGUCUCAUAUCAUUAAGCCAACCACCCAGAAAUUGGCAGCUUUUGUCUGUGCCUUUAAAUUGGCCAGGUAUAUUAUGCAAAUGACGCAGACAUCCCUAAUAUUCACAGCAAGCAUCUGUUGAAGCGCCAUUGCUUUAGAGGUUUGAACUAAAGGGAAUUUGUUAAAUUUAGCAUGAAGGUAAUGAUCUAAAAUGUACCCUUUACAUCCACCUCUCAUAAACAGUCAUGUUCAAUGAAAGGGAACUGUGCUACUUCGUAUAUGCAAUGUAUUUUGGAUAUUAAAUAUAUAAAUAUUAUGUAAUUUUGCAAUUAACCAUUUUAUUAUUAUUGUAAUUCCUGCCAUGUAUUAAGUAAUACAUUUUGAAAUAGUAUUUUGUUUUUUACAAAAUAAAAGUUUUUACUUCUGAACAUA